UUGUGGAUUAAUGUCAAAAUAUUGAAUUUAGUGAAUAAUAUCGUGAGGUGUUGAAAUGAACUUGUUAUUAGUCGCGGAGAGUGAAUGAGAUAAAAGUGUGAAGAUAAGCUUUCCAAUCGAAUCGUAUACCGAAUAUAUCGCGGAUAAUCUCAAGAAAUUGACAAGAAAGAUAAAAAAACAAACACCGAGUGGAUAUUGGAGUGAAAUUUAUAUUUUGUUUUUAUCGUCGUAUGAGAACACUCACGGAGUAAAAUAUAUUGUGUCAAAAAGAGGCUUUUUGUCUUCUUAAUUAGUAGUAACUUCUACCGAAUGUGUGUGCAGUUUUUUGCGAAAGAAUAAUAAAAAAUAAAAUAAAAUUGAAGUGAAAAUAUGCAAACAAUUGAUUGAAGGUUUAAAGCCACGGUCAUCGAACAGUUUCGCUUUAGUCAUACGGUGGAGAAAAUAAUGAGUACGUUGGACACUUAGGUCGAACGAGUGCCGAUACAAAAUUCAUUGUUUUUUGUGUGGAUUAAUUUCAAUCGAAAAACGGGUGAAAAAUCAAUUUUAAAAUCGAUUAAAACGCGAAAAAGCACCGACACUCCACAACCGCAAAAAUGCCGACCAUAAUAUUGGAUCGUAUACCGUUGCCAAAUUUGAAAAUUUACACUUCGCUCAGUGUAUUGCUGGUGAGCUUUUGUGUUUAUUUUGCCGUCAAUUCGACCAAAGAUCCCGACUGGCGACUGUUGUUGAAUUCAACGUCGGUGGACGGUUAUGUCGAUGCGAAAUUGAUGGACGACGAAAGUCUGAUCAAAUUGACGAACGGUGAAUUGCACAGUGAAUUGAGUGAUGUGAUUGAUCGAAAUGUGUACAUGAACAUUUUGGCGGACGCGACACCAUUGCAUGGCAAUCAAACGCGAUCGCUGGGUGGACAGGUCAAGGAUGUUAUGGAUUUUAUGUUCCAGGAACCAGUUUGCGUUUGGACACUCAUCAACAUGGCGUACUGCUGUCUAAUUUUGCUGGGAAAAUCGAUUCAAAAGGUCGUCUUUGGUGAACUGAGAAUUUCCGAGCAACAGCACCUGAAAGACAAAUUUUGGAACUUUGUGUUUUACAAAUUCAUUUUUGUAUUUGGCGUGGUAAACGUUCAAUUCCUGCAUGAGGUUGUGCUGUGGGUGUCCUGGUUUUCUAUCUUGGGAUUUUUACAUCUACUAUCGCAGCUGUGCAAAGACCGAUUUGAAUACCUAUCAUUUUCACCCACAACACCGGGAUGGUCACAUGUUCGCUUGGUGGGUCUAUUGUCAUCGAUUUUAACGAUAUCCGGCUUUAUGUUCAUUAUAUGCAUUUGUGUCGGAUUCUUUGGCGGAAUGAACACGUUUGCAUUUAUGGCAGCUGAGUGUGUCCUACUCACCAUACGAACCCUGCACGUACUAAUUCGAUACGGAAUGUUCCUCUAUGAUAUGCGCCAAGGUGGUAUGUCGGCUGAAGCAGUUUCUUGGGAUAAACGUGGACCCGUUGCCUACCAUAUUGAAUUGCUAUUCGAGGCAGCUGCUCUGCUCAUCGAUUUAAUGCAUCAUCUGCACAUGCUGCUGUGGAGUAACAUAUUCCUGUCGAUGGCCAGUCUGGUCAUUGUAAUGCAACUCCGCUAUCUAUCGCACGAAAUUCAACGCAAGUACCGUAAGCAUCGCAAUUAUCUUUGGGUAUUGAAUCACAUGGAGAAGAGUUAUCCACUGGCAACGGCCGAUGAUUUGACACAAAAUUCCGAUAACUGUGCCAUUUGCUGGGAGAAAAUGGAAACGGCCCGAAAGCUGCCGUGCUCGCAUCUGUUUCACAAUUCAUGCUUACAGUCGUGGCUGGAACAAGAUACCAGUUGCCCGACAUGUCGCCUGGGACUCAGUGUUCAACCGCACGUCAGUCACGCUCAUCCGAACAUUGAUCGCAUCGAUGAACCGGAAAACACUGGCCGAGCAACUAACAAUCACUUCUUCCACUUUAACGGCUCCCGUUACGUGUCCUGGCUUCCAAACUUUUCCGUAGAAGUGACCCACAUCAAUACCGUUCUGCGAACGAAUCCGUUGACUACCCAAACCGCCGCCCAUACAUCACAGCUGAGAAACAUGGCCCGACAAGUGCAACAAAUGUUUCCCCACUAUCCGACCACAAUAAUCAUAGCCGAUCUGCAGCUGUCACGCUCAAUGGAAGUAACAAUUGACAAUAUACUGGAGGGACGGCUGCAAAUUCCGGCCCGAUUCCAGAACUUCAACGAUGAGGACGAUUUCGGUGAGACCAGUCAAAAUGGUCGUGCUGAUGGCGCGUCGACGUCGGGUACAUCGGCACCAAAUGAAUAUUCCGUACGAUCGGAUGUGUCGACAGGAUCCAGUUCGUCGGACAGUGGAUACGAAAUUGAGAGAAAUUCGAAUAUUUUCGGCAAUCAAAACGAACUGUUAAGGGACGAGAGCUCCGAAGACAUACCGUUGGGUGAUCGCUUUUCCAAGAGCUCAGCCGAACGUGAGAAAAUCUUGCAAAGGAGGAAGGAGAUGCUGCUGGCGAUUGCGAGGAAAAGAUACUUGGAAAAGAGUAAGUCUGAAUUAAAUAUGCCGACCAGUGACACCGUACAUCAUCAUCGGAAUAAGACAUCAAUGCAAAAUGACGAAUGAAAAUGUGGACGA